AAUUUACUCCUAACAACUAAUUUUUUUAAAAAGAUAUGAUCAAAGGUAUGGAAGAAUAGUGUAACAAAGACAAAUGAUUAGGCAAGAGAGAGUAGCUAUGGAAAACAAGAAGCAUUUUGUGCUGGUUCAUGGUGCCUGCCAUGGCGCGUGGUGUUGGUAUAAGGUAUAUGCUUUGUUGAAAUCAGGUGGUCACAGAGUGACAGCUCUGGACAUGGCUGCCUCCGGGAUCCAUCCAAAGAAGGUUCAAGAGCUGGCUUCCAUAACCGAAUAUGUGGAGCCAUUGAUGGAGUUGCUGGAGUCUCUGCCUUCAGAGGACAGAGUUAUAUUGGUUGGUCACAGCUUGGGCGGUAUCUGCAUUUCCAUGGCCAUGGAAAUGUUCCCAAAUAAGAUUGCAGCUGCUGUCUUUGUAGCUUCUUUCAUGCCUUCUUCUCAAGAUCCAACCUUUAUGACUCGUAUCCAACAGCACAGGGAAAAAGUAUAUUCUACCAUGGACUCGAAGAUCAUGUUUGAUGAGGAUGCCAAAAAUACUAGUAAGCCCAAUGGGUGUAUGAUAUUUGGGCCCCAACACUUAGUAUCCAAUUUAUACCAACUGUGUCCACCUGAGGAUAUUAGCCUAGCAAUGUCAUUGCUUAGGCCAACAAGGCUGUAUGGUGACCAAGAAAUGGUGAGAGAGCAAACAAGAGUUACAAGGGAAAAGUAUGGGAGUGUGGCCAAAGUAUACAUAGUGUGCGAACAAGACCAAGCGAUCAAGAAGGAUGUUCAGUUGUCUAUGAUUGAAAAGAACCCAGAAACUGAUGUGAAAUUCAUUGCUGAUGCUGAUCACAUGCCUAUGUUCUCUAAACCACAAGAGCUUUUCUCUUGCCUUCACCACAUUGCAACCACCUAUUAUUAGCAUGCAUCUCAAUAUGUAUCACAAUUCACAAAUAUUUAACUAGCUUUUUCAGAAUGAUAAAGAAGAUAUAUAAAUAAGAGUUUAAUUUUGAUGCACUAACA